ACUCAAACGUAAGAUGACGGACGCAGUUGGUGGACCAGACGAAGCUGCUCGUUUAUGGCGAGUAAACAGGACGAUUCACGAACUCAUCAAAGACAGGGGCUUUCAAGUGUCUGAUGAAGAAAUCGAAGUGGAUUUGGUGACUUUCAAACAACAAUUCGCGAACAGUAGUGGUUCUGUCGAUCGAAACCAGCUCAACUUCUUCGCAACGCACGAAUCAGACCCAUCAGACCACAUUUUCAUUUACUUCUCAGACCAGAAGAGCGUGGGUAUUAAGACGAUGCAGAAGGUUUGUAUCAUCUUGGAAGAGAAGUCCAUUAACAAAGGGAUCGUAAUCUUUCCGGGGACCAUGACGCCGUCGGCUCGCAAGUUCAUCGUCCAGAUGUCCGUCCGAUACCGCCUCGAAGAGUUCUCCGAAUCCGACCUUCUAGUAAACAUCACCCGACACAUCCUCGUCCCCCAUCACGAAGUCCUCACGCCAGAGGAGAAAGACACGCUCUUAGAAAAAUAUCGCUUAAAGGAAACACAACUUCCCCGCAUCCAGCUCGCCGAUCCCGUAGCACGAUAUUACGGUCUUCGAAGAGGCCAAGUCGUCAAAAUCACUCGGCCGUCGGAGACUGCGGGUCGGUACGCGAGUUAUCGUAUAUGCUUCUAGUCUUAGUCUUCUAGCUUCAUGUCGUCGAAGUUCAGAGUAUGAAGUUUUUCGGAGGACUUGACGGGAAAAGGUAAAACGUAUUUGUAUUCGACUCGAGGGUGACUUCUCUAGCUCAGCAUAUUCUUCAUCGGUGUAUUUUCGAUAGAUGGUCCAGUCUUCUCUGAUUUUAACGUCAUGGACAGUAUAGCUUG